GAACGAGGCGCAGUUCUGUCCUGUAAGCUCAUUGACAACUUUUUGCUCUCUCCGAGCGCUACGUUCGAACUUGGCAAACAACUCGACGUGCUAUUCCUGUGUUGUGCCACUUGGUCUACUCGUGAUAAGGAAAAUCCCCGGUCGAAUUUAAUUGGAGUGUCCUGCGCUUCUGGAUAGUACAUACAUACACAGCUCUCUCUCCCUCGAGAACACGUGGCCGAGUCAUUAAAACGCAGCAGCAGCAGCAGCAGUCGAAGAGAGAGAGAGAGAGAGAGAGAGAGAGAGAGAGAGAGAGAGACUCGAGAAGUUCGAUUGCGGUGGACCACAAUAACGAUUGAUUGAUGCGCAAUUCAGUUUGCUCGAUAUAGCCCGCGCUGCUCUCUCGCUCUGUGCAGUUUAAAUGAUAGCUUCGCUCGAGCGUUGUUACUCGCGGCCCGCCGUCGCGACAAGCCGCCGAGAGAACAGAAUGCUCCUGCUGCUGCAAAAUCGUUACGAGCGAGGCCGCAUGAGAUACACGGGAUAAUAUAAUCCUAUACUCUACUGCGAUAGUGCAACCUUUCGUCCGCGAGUUAUUCCGUUAAAUGGUAACCCGACCGCAUUACGAUACGCCGCCAGGUGUGUCCUUAAACCCCAAGAGCAAAUGGAUGAUGGAGAAUUUGAGGCUCAUGUCACCACCCGACAGCAGCACCAAUCUCGAAGAGCUGGCCCGGUUCCAGCAGAAGCAGCUCCAGGAGAAGGAGCAGAAGCUGCUUCAGCUCUACGACCAGCAGCAACAGAGAGCUCACCAGGUCGCGCAAAGGGGUAGCGCUGGUUCCAAUGGGUCUACUGGUUCCGGGAAAAAUAGCAUCAUAACGACGACAGGCAGUGUCAGGCAAUUGUUCGAGGAGCGGCGACAGCAGAGUAACGUGAAGGGCAUCGACAAGAGCUACCCCUUGGAUCCCUUACGAUCGAAGAAGAAGCCGACCGGACAAGCGGUAAACGGCCGUCGCAAUAAUGCGCAGCCCGCGAAACGAGGCACGACGAGAACGAACGGGACGGUGCAGGCGGCCAAUAAUAAUCGCGCGGCCGCCGUAUCGCGCGAAUCCUACGCAUCGAGUCGCAGCAGCAGCAACAGCUACAAGGACUCGAGCAUCCAACGGGAGAGCUUCACGCGUGAAUCCUACGCCUCCAGUCGCGGAGAUUACGACGAGCCGAACGAGUCUUCUAGACAACAGCUCAACGGUCACGCCAAACACUACGAGAUAAACAUAGACGAGGUGAUCGAUAACGAGGCGAUGGAGCGCAAUCGGCUGCUGGCCAAGUUUCACCAGGUCGACGUCGACAAGCGCCGGCAUUUCGAUAUCGAGAGCGACGAUAUCCCCGGGGACGAGAAUUACUUCGGCAGCAGGCGAUCUUCCCUCGAUCCGCCUCGAAACACCGCUGCCGCACUCAAGAGCAACAACAAUGCGAGGAAGAGCAACGCACUCACCGCGGCUACGGUGGCACCCGUCACUGCGGCCGUCGCUGCGGCUGUCAAUGCGACAAAGAAGCCCGCGAUUCCCACGGGCGCGAGGCAAUCGACGGUCAUGAAAACGACGAAAAGCGCAAGUUUGAAAAUCCGAAAGAAGGCGCCUCUGAGCAGGAAGACCGUACUGGAGGGCAGACCGAGAUCGACUUCGCUGAGUAAGAUAAAUCCAGCGAAGAAUAGCACGAGGAAGCAGGAGGACGCAAUGUCGAAAUCUGUAGGCAGCUGGGAUCGCGAAAUGGACUGGAACACUCUGAAAUCGACGUCCUUGAUUUUCGAAAUGAUUCGCAAGGCUAGCAAACUCGGCCAAAUCGGCGGCGACAGCGACAAGAUCGGCAAGGUCAGGAAAAUAGUGACGAAAAUCGAGAACAGCAUUCCCUCAACGUCGAACGCCAACGCGGAAGCGGCUGGAAAUACAGAACCCGCCGAGAAAAGCUCGACGGAAGCCGACAUCAACAACCAACAACAACAGCCGUCGACGUCGGCGAUUACCGAUUCAGAUUUAUGCAAAUCCGAUGCAGCGCGAGAAGCCAUCGAGGUGUCGGCCACCAGCCGAGAAAUACUGCUGAGAAACAUCCAGAGCGAAGAUGAAGGCGACGGUCUGCUGUCGAUCCGCGGAAAGCGCGAAUCCUCAGUGGAACAACCGAGCGAGUACCAAGAGAUCGUCGUGGCCAAUCAGACAAUCGAGAAGCGAGCGGAAAAUCGACCGAAACGCGUUCGACGAGCUUCCUUCGAGCUGAAGCGCAUGAUGUUCGAGCAGAUUCAAGGCCGAGAAAGCUUCCAGAGGUACGACUCCGUAGAGUCGGCCCUGCGACACUUCGACUCGAUCGUCGGCUCGGAACCGGUUCUGACCCGCGAACCCGAUAACAGCCAAAUGGAUCGUUCGACUUUUCGACUCUGCAGCAAAGACGCCAUAAAAAAGAACAGCGGACGGGGAUUCGAACGGCACACGAGCGCCUGGUCGAUAAGAACGCUAAAGGAUAGUGCCUACCGGCACGUAAAGAAUCCGGUCGCCGCGAAAAGGGCUUUUGCGCGAAGGGGAAAGAAGCUGCUGGAAGCGAGAGACUCGAUAGAGUUGGCUCGUGUUCCGGUCAAGACGAAACUGCCGGCCUGCAGGAGGAAGAUCCUGCUCGUGUCUAAUUCGCGACCAGCUGAGAAUGAUGAUACGGCGCCCGUAAAAAGCCAGAGUUUCAGAUCGCGCGAGGGCCGAGUGGCCCGAUUGAAGAGCCUUUUCUCGCGAGAACAGACACCUAAAAAUCAUGACUUUUCCCCCAGUACGACGAGGAACAGCACCAGCGACUACAAGGCGAAAAAGAACGUCGCUCCGUAUCCCUCCUCGAAGAGCCCCGACAAUCUCUCCGAGAAGAGCCGAGCGUCCGGCAGUUUGAAAUUUCUGGGCCGACUGAGCGGUUCGAAUGGCGAGUUGGAAAAUGGAUUUUCGACCGCAGCUCGAAAGUCCAAAGUGUCUGCGGUCGACGGCCUCAUGGACGACAACGACGAGAAGCAAAGUGGAUACGUCGCUGCGGCGCCACGGACGACCUCGUCUCUGUCCUCCAACUCCAGCGUAGGUACGAAUCGAAGCCAUGGCUCCACAGCCAGUCGUCCCACCGGCAAACCGAAAGCUGCUCCUCCGACUCCGGCCGCCAGGUCAACGCCUUCGUCCAAAGGCAGCGCUGCAAGCAAUGACGACUCGCUGAGCACAUGCAAGAUUUGCAAUCGGCGCUUCGCGACGGACCGCAUAGGCCUGCACGAGCAAAUCUGUGCCAAAACCUCUCAGAAGAAGCGCAAGCAGUUCGACGCGCUGACGCACCGCGUCAAGGGCACCGAACUCGAGUCCUUCGUCCAAAAGCCCGUCAAAAAACAGGGCAAAGCCGCAGCGAAACCUGCAGCCGCCUCGGUGGAACCGAGCAAGUCGAACUGGCGUCGCAAGCACGAGGACUUCAUAAACGCGAUCCGCUCGGCCAAGCAGAUGCAAGCUCACCUGGCGUCCGGCGGCAAAUUGAGCGACCUGCCCCCACCGCCGCCCAGCGACACCAGCGACUACAUCCAGUGUCCUCACUGCUCGCGAAAAUUCAAUCAAGGCGCGGCCGAACGACACAUACCCAAAUGCGCGAACAUGCAGCACAACAAGCCCAAUCCCCGCGCGCCACCCAGGUCCAGACGCUGAGCGCUGUGUACUAUAUAUAUAUAUAUAAAAAAAAAAGCUUUAUCUCUAUCUCUCCCUCGCAACACUAACGCCUGCCUCACACACACACACGCGCAUCGCACCGUAUUUUCGUACUGGCGUGGCGAGAUGUAUAACGAUUUACGCCUUUUAGUUGUAAAGAGUGUGAAGAAAGAAAAGAUGAUGAGAAAUUUUGAAGUUGCCGCGUGUUGUGCUAUUGCUAUACGACUGAAACUCACGACGACGACGAUGAUACAUUAUGCAAUAAAGGAGAAAAACUGAAUUAUAUAUAUUUUUUUAUCCCAUUGUUGCGCGAUCGAUAUAUUGUGGACGAAGUUGAGCAAUAAUGUAAACGAGUAUGUAGUUUUGUGUUUUAGAACGAAGAGUGUGUCAUUUUACACGUAUAUACCAAUAAAUGGAGAAAAUCACGCGCCGAGUUUGUUAUAUACAUAUUAUGUACUGUCCUGAUACGCCUGUGAUCUAAAUAAACGUAAAGAUAUGUAUUUACUGUUCAUGAUACUAAGUAUAUAAAACACAACACACAGUUUGGGGUAUGUACGCCUGAUACGUUGCUGCUGCUGAGAGAUAAUAUUGCGUGCGUGUCGGUUUAUUAAUUUUACAGCAUUUAUAUACUCGGACCGUAAUACAUCGGUUUAUAACACACAAUAAAUGAUUGCUUUGCGUUCGUAUA